UUGCUAGUGCAGAAGGAGGAGAGUUAUCUGUUGCGCAUGGGUCGCGGUGGGCGCGCGCGGCUCGCGGCGCUGUUGGCCGCGGGCGUGCUGCUGCUGUGGGUGUGGGGCCGGCGAGUCCCCGGCACGAGGCCGGCGCGGGACCCCGGGGACCCGCUCGAGGGCCGCUCUCUGCCGCUCAUCUUCAUCGGCGGCGUCCCGCGGUCCGGCACCACGCUGAUGCGCGCCAUGCUGGACGCUCACCCGGACGUGCGCUGCGGCCAGGAGACGCGCGUGGUGCCGCGCAUACUACAGAUGAGACAACACUGGAUGCGCUCCCCCAAGGAGAGCCUGCGCCUCGAGCAGGCCGGGGUGUCCAAGACGGUGCUCGACAACGCGAUCGCCGCCUUCUGUUUGGAAGUGAUCGUGGGUCACGGGGAGCCGGCGUCCCGUCUGUGUAACAAGGACCCCCUCGUCCUCAAGAUGGGGACCUACGUGCUGGAGCUAUUCCCGAAUGCCAAAUUUCUUUUCAUGGUCCGUGACGGCCGCGCCACUGUACACUCUAUCAUCACCAGAAAGGUGACCAUAACCGGGUUCGACCUGACCAGCUACCGCCAGUGCCUCACCAAGUGGAACCACGCGGUGGAGCUGAUGUACCACCAGUGUAAGUCGCUGGGUCCGUCCCGCUGCCUGCUGGUCCGCUACGAGUCGCUGGUGCUGUCCCCGGAGCCGACCCUGCGGCGCGUGCUGUCCUUCCUGGAGCUGCCCUGGGACGAGGCGGUGCUGCACCACGAGCGAUACAUCAACCAACCCAACGGGGUCGCGCUCUCCAACGUGGAGCGGUCGUCGGACCAGGUGGUGCGGCCCGUGAACCUGGACGCCCUCGACAAGUGGGUGGGUCAGAUCCCGGCGGACGUCCGCGCCGACAUGGCGGAGCUGGCGCCCAUGCUGUCGGUGCUGGGCUACGACCCCUGGGCCAACCCGCCGCGCUACGCCGACGGGCCCGACGUGUCGCUGGACCGCUCGCCGCCCGUCUCUGAAUCUCUGGCGCCUAAUUCUCCCUAA